AUACGAACUUCAGUCACUCUUUCUCACCGAUGUCAAACGACAGCGAACGCAAGAAGGCCAACCCUACGCACUGGUAUAAUGGGCAGUACCUCUUGCAGUGGGAGCGCAGUACCGAUCCCGCGAAUCCAGGAUUCAAGCUCACCAAGGCAGCGGAAGAGGCCCAGACAGCAAAAUGGGAGAUGCUCAUUGCCAACAGGAAGCCCAGGGAGAAGAUCCCUCCUAGACUCUUCGGCAGCCGUGGCAGAAACCCUCCGUUGCUGCUAUACGGCUGGACCUUCAACCUAGACUACUUCCUCGAGUAUGCCAAGAGACAUAGGCUGACUCUGGAGGUAUCGGAGGAGGCUCGUAAGUGGCUGGGCUGCGCCACGAAGACAUUCAAUUUCGGUGAUGCCACUGAGGAACAUUAUCGAGACGAGCAGCUGCUCCAAGAAAUGUGUCACGCAGCGCGGUUCGUCUCCGUGGGUCACUUAAGACGAUCCACUGGAUUCGUUUUCGAGAUAGGGCGGCCCCUGUCUCUCGAAUGGGACAGGAUCCUUUACGUGUGGACGAACUACAACAUCGAGGAGAAGUAUUUCGGUUAUGGAUUCUCUCGGAAGGGGAGAUUCGAAGCAGCCAAGAAGAUCGUGGACGAGGCGAUGAAUGAAUGCCUACCGGAUGGGAAGAAGAGCGAGCUACUGUGGUGGUGGUCCUUCGACAAUGACGUGAACGUUCUGACUAGCAUAGAUUAAUUAUUCUCAGGCUCGGUGUCGUAGUCACCCGCCAACACACGUUGUUCACCCGCUGUCCUGCAGCUGUUUUGCUGACGUCCCCUUUCUGUUUGUCUUCGCUGUACCAUGGAUCGGAAUUGUAUCAUAGUCGAUGUCGCAAUGCACGUCUCUAAUCGCG